CGAGCUAGGCUCGAUUAUCCAAUCUACCACUUGUCUUCGGAUAAUUGAGUUUAUUGGAUAAUCGGGUUGAAAAUGGCUUCCUCAGUCCCAAACGAGAAAGCUCCACCAUCUGAAGCCCAACCAGCAACGAAUCCCCAAGCCACAUCUAACUCUGAUCCUAGCAAAGCUCCAGCUACUGCAUAUCCACAGCAACAACCCAAUCAGUAUGUCGUUGGGGUCCCACCACAACAAGGCCAGAUUCCUAUGUGGUCAACAGGACUUUUUGAUUGUUUUGAUGAUCUCCCAACUUUAAUCAUAACGGCUUUUGCCCCCUGUGUUACUUUCGGCCAAGUCGCAGAAAUGGUCGACAGAGGACAAAACAGUUGUAUGGUAUUGGGUGGACUUCAUGCGGGGCUACUGUAUUUUACAGGCUUGGGAUGUCUGUUGUCCGCAUACUUUAGGAUUAGGAUGGUCCAGAUGUAUAAUCUUCCUAAUGACCCAGUCAUAAAUAUUCUUGUUCAUUUAGUAUGUGAACCAUGCGCCUUGUGUCAAGAAUAUCGUGAACUUCAGGCUCAUGGGUUCGACAUGAAACUUGGACUUGGGUGGAAAGGUCAGUCUCCCGAGAUACAACAAACUGGUGGAGCCAUGGUACCACCUACGGUUCCAGGAGGGAUGACUCGUUGAAGUGCAUGCAAAAUCUAGUCACUUUGGGAUGUUGUGGAAUUAGUCUUGCUUGGUUAUUGAAGCUAUUUAAUAGUUAGAUGAUCAUAAUGCUAGUUUUCCGUAUACUUAACUAGCCAUGAUAGGGAUUAAUACGGAUGUUUUUAUUCGAAACAUCAAAAACUAUCUCCCUGUGGUAAAUAUAUAUACAUAUCCAACGGAUGUUCUCAUUACUUGCC